GUGAUUCUUUAAUUGCUGUGACUGUUAGUUGAUAAUUCAAGAUAUAUUAAGAUGCCGAGAAAACGUAGAUGCAGUUCCAGCAAUUUGGACUCCGACGAGGAUUUCGACGAUGCAAAACAUCAUCCGCAGAGGAACGCCGCGAAUGCAAGGGAGAGGGCUCGAAUGAGAGUGCUGAGCAAGGCUUUCUGCCGUCUGAAAACAACAUUGCCGUGGGUUCCGGCGGACACGAAGUUAUCGAAACUGGACACGCUGCGAUUAGCGACCAGCUACAUAGCACACCUCGAAGCUGUAUUGACUGAUCAAACUGUGCCCAUAGAAAACGGACACAAACACCCAUUAACACUGACAUGGCCAUUUAGUUUCCAAAAGCCCGAUUCAUCGACGGACACCUGCAAUUCCGAACAGGCGUGGUCCGAAAUUCCACACCAACAUCAGCUUCGAGGAAAAGACUCCACCUACUAUUAUUAAUAACCAUCAAUCUAUCUAUAUAUACAGUAGACUCUAUACCAUUUUUUAUUUAUUGCCAAGAAACAAACAAACAUAUAGUUUUAUACUACACUUAAAUCUCAAUUAAAUUAUU